UGACGAAGCCAUAUCACGGUCAAUGUCCGUCUUCGACUCAGCGUUCUGACCAUAUCCACUGGAGAAACGAGACGAGAGUGCCGGUAAUAACCGGCAACACAAACCACAUUCGUCGGGACGGGGCAAGGGGGUUACUAAUCAUAGCCGUACACGUAGUAGUCGCAAUAGGCGCAAACAAUCAUCAUCACAACAACGUCAACAGCAGGAGCAACAGAUGUUGCAACAGCAAACGGCACUGGACGAGCAGAUACAGCGCGACAAAUGCAAAAAGCCAAAUAAACCCAGAAUUACAGCCACGCGAGCGUAAACAAGUCGAUACACUAAUAAGCCAAACUUCAACCACAAAUUGUGAGAAACCUCAACUGCGCGAAGUCACUGACAAGCGCACCAUUACACAUAGUAUUGCCGCAGCUACCACGCAUACUUCCAGCAGCGACAACUCCACUGCCUCAUGCGACAGCGAUAGCGAAGAAGCGGUCAGCGACAAGCUGGCAUCCAUGUGCCAUCACUGCCUGCGCCCACAAAUUGAGCUGCAGUUGCGCCAUUUGCGUCCUCAUCAACGCCGCCAAUGGAGCCGAUUGCUGCAGCAGCAGUGUAGCAAGCGACGUACUAGUAAAACCCGUAAAGAGGUGAGCUGGAGUGGUGCGCACGGCGAAAAUGGCAGCGGGAGACGCGAUGUGCACGGUGGUGGGGAUGGUGGUAAUGCGGGGGCAAUUACUGCGGGGUGGCAACGUUAUGACGCCAGCGACUACAUGCUACCCACGAACACGUAUACGAGCGGUGUACAUUGGUCGCGACGCGACGUCAGCGCGGCGGUGAGGUAUCGCUGUCCGCAGGUGGGACCGAAGUCUGCACCCUAUCACUUCCACCAUCCACAACAACUACACAAUGCAUAUCAGUUGCAAUUAUUGCUGCAACAAUGCGACUAUGUGCCGCCGUCGUACUAUCAACAUCAGCAGCAGCAACAACAACAACCAUAUUAUGAACGGCACGCAGCACUACAUAACAGUAAAAUGGACUACAGCAACACCACCACUGCAGCUGCUUCUACUACUACUACGGCCACAACGGCAACCACUAUAAACAUUGAAUGUGAGUCGCACAUGCAAUUACAAAAGCAACAUGAUAGAAAUGUAAGAUUGCAGCAAAAUCAAAAUUUAUACGCAACAACAACAAACAUUCUAACUGCCACAUCGAGCGGAUGCAGCGACGCCUGCUGCACCAGCAACGCCAGCUCAGUGGCGGCGUCGGCACUAACUGCACCAGCGGGAACAACAGUAGCUUUGCAACCACAGUCCACAACAACUCACCCUCUAGAUCGUGCCACCAGAGGCACAGUCAGCGACAGUGAGUUGCAGUUGCAGCAGCACCUGCCUACGUCCGAGUCGCCGUCACUGGUGAAGGUCCGCGCCUGGUAUACAGUGGCUAAACAGGGUGUUUCUUGCUAAUAGUAGUUUCAUUCCUACA